GAUGCCAUCAAGUAACAAACAAUCACAGAAUGUUGUCAGUCCCGUACUUGUAGCUACUGCUGAACAAGCCAUCGAAGUAAUUGAUGCGAUCAAAGCUUACUCCAAAGAGAACCCUACUGAAGAGGUUGUAUUAGGAAUGGAUUGUGAGGGUAUCCAAAAAGAUAAACCAUUAGCUCUCUUUCAGAUGUUUCUGAACGGAAGCACAUAUAUUUUCGAUGUGAUCGCCCACAACCCCUUCGAGUUGGGCUUAAAGGAGAUUCUUGAAAGUGAUAAUUAUAUAAAAGUUUUCCAUGAUUUUUGAGAAGAUUCUGCCGCUCUCUUCAGACAUUUUCAGGUUUCCCCAACUAAGAUCUUUGAUACCCAGAUUGCUCACAGAGUGAAGAGAGAACUAGAGGAGACAGUUACUUAUCAAGACAACAAUAUUUCAUUAAAUAAUCUACUCAAAACUUAUAUGAGAGUUGAGAAUACAAUGAAGACUAAGGUGAAUUCUUGAAUGACUAGCGACCCGGAAUUUUGGUACCAAAGGCCUAUGACUCAUGAAAUGCUCGAGUAUGCCUCCCAAGAUGUUAUUUACCUUCCUGAGAUGUAUAGGAUAUUUAUUAAGAGCCUGAGGACAGCAACGGUAGCUGAGAUUUUCCAAAAAUCUUCGGAAUAUCUUUUCUACAGUCUUCUAAAUAGCCAUACAAAGGAUUUCACCUGAUUAUCAGAAGGAGAUAUGGUAGGGGCCUAUAUUAAGAACUACUAUGGAAAGGUUAUCUUCUGAAGCCUCAACCUCGGAUGCUCGGGCAUCAUCAGGGAUGAAGUCUCUUGAGAAUUCAUCCACAAGCAUUUUAACAUGGGAGACCUGAUAAAUUUGGAAGUUAGCAGCAUUGAUUAUGAAAAGAAGUUUGUCACCCUUGUUGUACCCGAUAACCUUCUCUUUAUGGAAGAGAGUACGGUCAAGGGGUAUUACAAAUUGGCUAAAAUGAGCCAAGAAUCCAAAGUUAAGAAGAUGGUGGAGGCGCUUAAUAAGAAAUCUACCAAGAAACCAAGAAAGACUUCAAUGAGUUUAACCUCUAAGAAAUUUUUCCCAAAGAUUAAGAGGUGAGACUCAGAAGUUAAGUCAAAAUCAGGAUCUUUCGACGAAACUACUACUACUUCUAACUCUGAGAUAAGUUGUAGCGCCUAAACGUGAAUCAAUCAAAAGAAUGAA